GUACCACCGACCUCCACGAUGGUCGACCGCCACCGCGCCUUCGUCGCCGCCGCGACGCUCUGCCUCGUCUUCGCCCACGGCAUGGCCGCGGCGCGGCCGCUGGAUGGGGACCAAUUUGCCGGCGUGGCACCGGCGGCGGCGGCUGCGGAUAUGGCGAUGGACGUGUCGGCGGCGUCGCCGGAUGGUUCUGCCACGUGGGAGCGCGGGGACGAGGCCCUCGGCGCCGGGAAGUGGCUGCCCCUGCCGCUGCCGACCGCGCUGACCGGCGGCCUGCGGUUCCCGGGGGUGUUCCAGUUCCCUGCGGCGACCGUGGGCGCGUCCAUGCCGUGGAUGGCCGGCGCGCCGCCCGCGCUCGCCGGGCCGGGGAUGCCGGCGCUCGUGCCGCCGUACGUCGGCGUGACCCGACAGGAGCAGCUCAGCGUGUGGGCCUCGCUGUUCAACCCGUUCCGUGUCAGGCCGAGGGUGCCGGCCCAGCCGUCGUCGGUGCCGGCGGAGCCCAGGGUCCCCGCCGUCGCCAGCGCAGGGCUCGACAGGACGACGACGGUGGACCAGCCGGCCGGCGGCGCGCAGAUCGGCGAGCCCAAGUGGGGCGUCUUCUUGGGAUCCGCUACUCCAAACAACAACGGCUAGCUUAAUUAGCUACUCCA